CACAUCUCGUAGCUGGGCCUUCGUUUCUACGUUUUCUCCCUCCUUUCGCUACCGAAGAAUAAUGCCUUGGGCUCUGGUGGUUCCAACCUCUCCGAUGUUCUCACCCAAAAAACUACCUUCGAUUUUCUGCAAAUCGGACGGCUCAGCUUUCCCCUUAUCUCCUCGCGUCAACGCCUCUCAGGCGCCUCAGUCUCCUUCAUCUCUUCCGUUAUCCUCUCCCAAAUCACCUCGUCCUUUCUCAUCCGCCUCCGUUGCGGCACCGCAGUCGCCGUCGGUGUCAUCGUCAUCAUCAUCGUUAAAAUCUUCGUUGUCUUUGGGAGCCGACACUGCGUCGCCUUCGGUGGUGAAGAGGAAGAGGCCAGCGAUGAUAGAGAUUCCUACGCCAAUGGCGGUGAAGCUGGGGUUCGCGGCGGAGACGCCGAGAGGGGAGGAGGAGGUGCAGGUGGAAAGGGAGGGGUAUUCUGUUUAUUGUAAGAGAGGAAGAAGAGGGAAAAUGGAAGACCGUUACUCUGCUGUUGUUAAUCUUACCGGAGAUUCUAAACAGGCCUUCUUUGGUGUUUUUGACGGGCAUGGGGGUUCAAAGGCUGCUGAAUUCGCGGCGAAGAACUUAGAUAAGAAGGUAAUGGAGGCGGUAUCAAACAGAUCAUGUGGAGAGGGAAUCGAAGAUGCAAUUAGAGAGGCAUACUUAACCACGGACAUAGAUUUUCUAAAGGAAGAUGUAGUUGGUGGUACUUGCUGUGUCACGGCAAUGGUACAUGAAGGUGAUAUUGUUGUAUCGAAUGCAGGUGAUUGUCGCGCUGUUAUGAGCCGAAGUGGUGUAGCAGAGGCUUUGACUUCUGAUCAUAAACCUUCAAGGCAAGAUGAGAGAGACAGAGUUGAAGCUUUGGGUGGCUAUGUGGAUUGUUGCUAUGGUGCUUGGAGAAUACAAGGUUCUCUUGCUGUAUCGAGAGCAAUUGGGGAUAAACAUCUUAAACAAUGGGUAAUUGCGGAACCGGAGACGAAAUUGUUAAAAAUUCAGCCUGAGUGCGAGUUCUUAAUCCUGGCCUCAGAUGGUCUCUGGGAUAAGGUUACCAAUCAAGAGGCAGUAGAUUUAGUUCGGCCUUUCUGUGUAGGCGUUGAUAAGCCUGAGCCAUUUUCUGCUUGCAAAAAGCUUGCUGAAUUAUCAUCAUGGAGAGGCUCGUUUGAUGAUAUUAGUGUUAUGAUAGUUCAACUACAACAUUUUGUUUCUGGACUUGUUUAGAUGAGGCUGGUUAAAGUUUUUACUCCACCUGCAAGUCUUCCAUUUUAAAUCAGAAACUUGCAGCUAUUAAGCUAGAUGAGCCGUGACUCUUUUCAAAUUGCUUCAUCCAUUAUCCUGGAGAAAAUGGCAGUGUUUAUGGUAAUGGCAGUAAGCAGUGGUUGCAAUGUUGACGAGGAUAAUAGUUUAACCUGGACAUCACUAUGAUUUAAAGAUGGCGUUAUGGUAUACCAAAAUGUCUUGCAGAUCAUCAGGCUGUGAUCACUUUCCCAUGCCAGUGUGUUAUCUCAUGAUCUUAAGUUGCUCAUAUUUGAGGUUCAAUGGGUUCCGUACCACCAUGAUAGCAGGAAGACAGUUUCAAUUGCCUUAUCAGAACAAAAACAAAGGCGGUAUCGACUGAUCAGGGAUCCUCACAUAGUUUGUCAUUAUCACCCCCUGAUUACAUGAUAAUAGUUCUUAAAAGGUAGAUAAACAGGGAGAAUUUUCUGGAAGUGGAGCACUUGUAGCAAAGUAGCAGCUGCCCAUGGUCAUCCCUACAAGUUGCCAUCUUGACCAGCUGUUUUUUCUCUUUCUUUUUGGGGAUUGUUCCAAGUCAAGAAACGGUUUCUGAAUUGUUGUUUAGACCAGAUGGGUCACGUUUGGCAGCUAGCUGGGCACUUUUCCAAUGAUGGAUGAAUGGUUUCUCAAUCCUCUUUAUAUUAGCAAUGAUGCAAUCAAAUUAGUUCAUGUUGCCUCCUCUUUUGUCUGUUACAAAUGCAAUAUUUUAGCUUUACUUUUAGAAUGAAUUUGUAGUAUUUUCUUCUUGUAA